UGGGCUCUGGCCGCCGAGCUACAGCGCCUGCGCGCGGAGCGCGAGGAGAUGGUCGCGCAGCUGCGCUUCACGCAGGCCGCCCUGCAACAGGCGCUGAAUGAGCGCAAUGUGUUUUGUGGGCAGCAGCUCCAGGCUGAGAGAUCUGCCGAGGGUGCCCCAUUGGCCCAAGAGAUGGUGUUUGGGCCUCGAGCUGACCAGCUUGGUACUGCAGCAUGGUCCCUGAAUGCAGAGCGGCAAAGAGAUCUGGUGGCCAUGGCGAUGCAUGGCAGGCUGUAUUUUGAGGCUCAGAUGCCAGCCCCAAGGGCUGUUCUUUACAUGCCUGGGCCCCUAAGGCCCUGGGUCCAGGCAAUGCAGCCCCCUCUGCCAGUGCAGAUGCCAUACCCAUUUCCAUUCCAUGCACCAUUUCCAAUGGGAUUCCCAUUCUUGCCACGUAUACCACCAGCAGUAGUCAUGAAUGCAGAAUCUGCAGUAGUUCCACUUCAGAUGCCUCCUCCAUGGGUCUACCCACCUGGCCCAUGGCCUGCAGUGGGCUUCCAGGAGAUGGCCCCACUGUGGGACCAGAGGAGCUACAGGCAGGGGGAAGAUCCUAAGAUUCCCCAGGAUACAGUCCCCUUAGGGGACACCAGAAAUAUUAACCAGGAAGAAGAUCCUGAGAGGCCCCAGGGGGCGAUUCCCCUUGGGGAGAGCUGGAGCCACAGCCAGGAAGAAGAUUCAGAGAGCACCCAGAGGUUGAUCCCCCUGGGAAAUAUUUGUAGCCUCAUCCAGGAAGAAGGUCUAGAAAGGCCCCAGGGGAUGGUUCCCCUGAGAGAUAGCUGGAGCCUCAGGCAGGAAGAAGAUACAGAGAGGCCCCAGGGGAUGGUACCCCUGGAGGCCAGUGGGAGCUACAGCCAGGAAGAAGUUCCAAAAAGAUCCCAAGGGACUAUUCCCCUAGAGAGCAGUAGAAGCCAGAGCCAAAAGGAAGACCAGGAGAGGCCCCAGGAGGCUGUCCCCCUGGGGGGCAACAGAAGCCAGAGCCAGGAAGAAGGUCCAAAGAGGCCCCAGGCGACCCCCCAGCGGGACAGCUGGAGCUGUGGUGAGAGAGAAAACCCAAAGAAACAUCAGCCCCAGGGCCAGAAAACCAAGCAGCCCAAAGGGAAAAAAGCCUCAGAAUCACACCAGCAGGAGAAGUCGGCCUCAGGUUGCAGUUCAGUGAAUUGGGUGUGCACAUGGUGUAAAGCAAUGAAUUUCUCCUGGCGCAAGUCCUGCUAUAAAUGCAAGAAAGUCUGCAUGGCAGUUCAGGGAUGCCUGGACCCAGGACAAACUCACUGA